AUGGAGAUAACUGUUGAACAAAAAAAAACAAGAACGAAAAAGAAAUCCGAUGCUAUUCAGGCUCUUCGAGCUGUUUCAAUCAUCGGAGUGGUGGCUUAUCACAAUUUUCAUUCACUUUCUCCACACGGAUGGAUUGGAGUCGAUAUUUUCUUUGUGAUCUCUGGCUACUUAAUGACAAUGAUUCUUUGCCGAUCCGGGAUCACGAAAAGCUCGACAAUCAAUUUCUUUCAACGUCGAAUCAAACGAAUCGUUCCUCUUUACUUAUUAACAAUUCUUGGCACUCUAUUAUUCGGACGGAUUUUCUAUCGUCAACAUCAUGUUUUCGAGAUUGGCAAAGAAGCUUUUUGGCCUUUAUUUUUCAUCUAUAAUUUUUACUAUUAUUUCUUUGAUGAAUCGAAAGAAGCGUUCUUUGAUGUGGCAGCCACCGCUCGUCCUUUCAAACAAACAUGGUCUCUAUGUGUUGAAUUGCAAUAUUACACCCUCGUUCCACUUAUAUUCUUCGUUUUCCUCAAAUUUGAGAGAAAAAUCCGAAUUUGUUGCACACUUUUCGCAAUCGUUGGAUCAUUCUGUUUACACAUGUUUACUCCUUUUUCGUUCAACUUUCGAUCAUUGCCAACGAGAUUCUGGGAAUUUAUGAUUGGAACUCUAACUUAUGAGAUUAUUCAGAUUUUCGAGGAACAAAAGAUUUCCCCAACUGAUGGCAAUUCGGAUUUAAAACAAAUAAAAGUUGUUCAAAUUUCAAAUUUUUCCUAUUUUUCGCUUUUAACAAUUCUUUCUUAUGCUGGCUGUUGGUUUCUUUUAUAUUUUUCGACGGGAAAUCUAAUGCUAGACCGAGCCCUAUCGUGUCUCCUAGCAGCGCUUGUCAUUGGAUUCUCGAAAUUUGAAAAAUCCUCUUUCCUCAGCUUCACUCCAUUGAGAUAUAUCGGAAAUAUCUCCUAUUCCCUAUACCUUGUCCAUUUUCCUGUCUCGAGAAUCGCGAUGUACUCGAUGCAAGAGUAUUGGCAAUCGCAAGUCACUGUAAAACAGGUUCUCAUCUCGAUCUUUCUCUCGAUUCUCAUCAGCUGUCUGCUCUAUCAUUCCGUGGAAAAAUGGUGGAUCAAAGCUCAUUUCAAAACGAGUGUUAUAUCAAUUGUUGUGCUCUAUGUUUUAACCAUUCUCUUAAUCACUGAGCCUUAUGUGACAAAGAAACUCAUCUGCGGAGAUUAUUCGAUCGAAAAUAGUGAUGCUUGUCCCGCGUUCAAUCAAUUCACGCAAAUUCGCCCGAAAUGGUAUAAUGAAACCGAGAUUUUGAGAAGAAACUUU